GUUUGGGCCAUGACCGAGGCUGGUGGUGGCAAGAAGGGCGCGAGUCGCUGGAGCAACCGCCGCAACGAGCGGCAAAAGACCUUCUACCACGUCAAGAACGGGCUCAUCGUGGACAAGGCGACACUCUCGCCCGAGGCCAUCGCGGCCUACGCCGAGCAUGCGCGCAGCAAGAGCAUCGCCCAGUUUGGCGUCGUCAAGCUCGCCAAGUACAACUUGGAUGUCUACUGCACGACGUACGCUGGCGACCUUCCGCUCCUCCGGUACGCCGCGCACCACUCGCCCAACAUUGCGCUCGCGCUCUUCUACGCUGGCGCAGACCCCUCGUUCCACGACCGCGCUGGCUCGAUCGCAACGUUUCCAACGGCGCGGGCGUGCUUGAUGCAGUACCCGCCUCCGUACAUGGCGUGGCUUCUCCUCCUCUUGUCCACGCAGCCGCGGUCUGCCUCGGUCUGCGGCGUCUGCGCGGCCGCCGUGCCGUCCAUGGAGCUGGCGCCGUGCAGCCAUGCGGUGUGCGAACUCUGCUUCUGGACGCACCUAGCAACGAUGCGUGUCGAUCAAGAUCUGACGUGUCCGACGUGCGACGUGCUCGUCCAGUGUCCCCGCGCUUCGUCGCCCACGACUGCACCAUCGCCGCUGUCGACGACGACGGCUCCAGAAGAUAUUGCGGCGGCCUCGAGGGCCCUCUACUUGCAGCUGCCGUUGGAGCCGAGCAAAAGCAGUGGCGGCACCAAAGCAAGCAAGCUUGUCAAGCCGCUUCCGCUUCACAACGCCGUCGAGCUCUUUGUUGGCACGGCGCGAUCGCAGCGGGAUGCCAACAUGUUCAAGGCUGUCCUUGCGACCAACUGUAGUCGUCUUCGGGCUCUUAUCGCUGCCGGUGUCGAGAUUGACUGCCAAAACGAGUACGGCCAGACACCGCUCUUCCUCGCUGCGUGGCUCGGGUACGAGCGUGUCGUCGCCUACCUCUUGGGCGCCGGCGCGUCACCCACGCGAUGCGACAACGCCCAAACAUCGCCGCUUGACGUUGCAAUGGCCAAGACGCACACUAGCAUUGUUCGGCUUCUCGCGCCCUUGCAUACUUCCUCUGUGGACAGUCCCUUGGACGCGAUGGCGUCGCUCCAAAUCGCAUCCAGUCGCUCGCCCGUGUUUGUCGAGCUCAUUCCAGCCGACGCGGACCACCCUGGUGCUGGCAGCGGGUACUGGGACGAUAUUUUUCCCGAGUCGUUCCUCCAGCGCCUCGAGCAGCUCCACACGGUGCUGCCGUUUGCGCCCAAGGAGAAGGCGUCGUGCUCGGACCGGUCGUACUACUGCGACAGCGUCGGCUGGGUCAUCCGUGAAAUCCAAGCGCGCUGUGGCCGCGACGUCUUUCCCAACAUGCGCUUCCUCUACUACAGCGACGUCGGCGGGUACCUCCCGGCGCACACGGACCUCUCGCGCACGGACGCCCAUGGCGUCACGUCGACCAAGACGUUCAUCAUCUACCUCUCGACGUGCGCGUCGGGCGGUGAGACUAACUUGCUCUCGUCGCUCGCGCCGGACCGCGCAGUUCUGGCGCCCGUCCAGCCCAAGCGCGGUCGGCUCCUCGUCUUCCCGCACGACUGUCCUCAUGAAGGUGGUCGUGUCGAGCACGUCCCCAAGCUGCUUCUCCGUGGUGAGAUGUACUGACACUGUAAUUUCCAUACUCU